AUGCUGUCCAAGACAGUUGAUAUACUAGCUAUUAAUGAGACUCGUCUUGACAGCUCUAUUCAAAAUGGUGAAGUCAAUAUUCCUGGAUAUACCCUUGAAAGGAAAGAUAGAAAUAGAAAAGGGGGUGGUGUGGCCCUCUAUAUUAGGGACUCAAUCAAUUAUAAGCGUCUCAAUGACCUCCCGGAUGAUAACAUAGAACUGAUCAGUAUCCAAGUGUCGAAGCCAAAAACAAAACCAUUUAUUGUAUGCACUUGGUAUAGGCCUCCAGGGUCCACCACUGAACUCAUGAACAGAUUUGAAGAUGUACUGCAAAAAUUGGACUCGUAUCAUAUGGAGGUUGACAUUAUCGGUGACCUAAAUUGUAAUGUUGGUGCAACAUCACCAGAUUGCAGCACUCAAAAACUACUAGAUCUCUGUGAUAAUUACCAGUAUAGGCAAUUAAUUGAUCAGCCAACACGUAUAACACAGCUCACAUCAUCUAUUAUUGAUUUGUUUUUAACUAAUCAUCCGUCGAAUUUUUCGGACUCCGGAGUCGUCGAUAUCGGAAUCAGUGAUCACUGUCUGGUGUAUGCAAUAAGAAAGAUUUGUAUCCCCAAAUCAAAUCCAAAGACUGUAACGAACAGAUGCUUUAAAAAUUUUAUUCCAGAUAGUUUUCGAACUGAUUUAUCUAUGGUCCCGUGGCAUCUGAUUGAACAGGAGCAUAAUCCUGACACUGCUUGGGAUAUAUGGCAACAUAUGUUCUUAGACAUUGCUAAUAGCCAUGCACCACUAAAGAAGAAGAGAGUGAAAGGAAUCUCUUCCCCCUGGAUUACUCCAGAGCUAAAAAGGCUAAUGUUUCAGAGAGAUAAACUUAAAAAAUUAGCCUCGAGGUUCUCAACAGAUUGCGAUUGGACUUCUUACAAACACAUGAAGAAUAAGGUUAAUCAUGAGAUUAAGAAUGCUAAAAUGAAAUAUUACAAUGCCUUCUUCAAAGAUAACCGCAGAAACAUAAAGGCAACUUGGAAAGGAAUUAAUAGACUAAUUGGAAAUGAACCUAAAUCUAAUAAGAUAACUCAGCUGGAUACUGGGGAUACUGUAAAUACCGACCCCAUCGAAAUCAGUAAUAUACUCAACACACAUUUCUCCAAAAUAGGACCUUCCUUAGCCUCCGAAAUUAAAGACACAUCCAGCAAUUUUACUGAUUAUAUUACCCCUGUAGGACACAUUUUUAACUUGGCGAAAGUAUCAUGCCAGGAGGUCUUCAAUUUAAUUCGGAAAAUACCCAGUAAUAAAGCUAGUGGUCUUGAUAACAUCUCAGCGCGUCUGCUGAAAGAAGCAUCUCCCAUAGUUACUCGUUGUCUAACUAAAUCAGUCAAUUGCCACCGGAAUAUUUCCAAAAGCUUGGAAGCGAGCUAG